AGCAUCUCAGUGGCUGAGCCUCAUGCUUGACCCUUUUCUACCUUGAGACCAGCCAUUGGGUGGCACUGCCAAGAUGAGCAAUCUGGAAAUCUUCACCUGUCCUGUGGUCGUUGCCGAUUCCAGGCACAGGCUUGCCCCCGAGAAGAAGGUGUCUCAUCCAGGGGGGGGACAGCAGAGUUUUUACAGAGUGGAACUGGGCAGGCAUUUUGUGGAUACAAAAGCUCCAAGUGCUCAGCCCCAUCACUACUUCAAAGUUUCUAAGAUUCAGGAAGUCCAAAAGAGGAUUAGUCUGAUUGAAAGAGAAAACAAAGGCAUCUCAGCACGUCUGGCUGACAUAUAUCGCGGGUCAGGCAUGGUGGACUGCUGGAACGAUUAUGCAAAGAAGAGUCCACUCCGACAGCAGCAGAACAGGGAACUUGUGAGGAUCACCGUGGAGAACCAGGGCAUCCUUAAGAGGCUCAGAGAGCGCAAGCCAACCUACGACAUGAAGCAAUCUGAGUUAGAUUGGCAGGCAAGUGGAACUUUGGUCCUAUUUCUCAAAAUGGAGCUUAUUUUUCUAAUCACAGUAGUCAAAAGGAUUCUAAUGCCUAACUGGUUGUAAG